AUAAAAUAAACUUCAAUUAGACCAUAUUAUGAUUGUUAUUGACUGAUUACAUGUUUUAUUUUCAAUUCUUCAACUGUUCUCGAUAAUUAUUUCGCCGCUUUCGCACGCAAUUCCCCAAAAUAUGUCGAUAAAGAAGAGAAUUCUCCCCCUUCCGCCCUUUUUAAUGUUUCAUCGGUCAUUAUAAUGCCCUUUUGACAUUUUCGUGUAUAUGCCCAACAUAUUUAACAUAUUAUCAACUCAAAUAACAAUUAUUCAGUACAAAAAACGGUUCAACAAUUUCGUGGAGUCUCCGGCCAGUGGAUUUUUGAAUCAAAAAGUGAAAGAAUUGAGUGAUAAAAUUAUUCUCGAGUGUUUACAAAAUUCUGGGGUUGAUAGGUUAUAUCCCCAUCAACAAAUAGCAUCAAAAACCUCCUAAAUCCUCGAGAAAUUAAUUAAUAAAGAAUGGCCCACUACAAAGGAGCAGCCAGCGAGGCUGGGAGAGCGAUGCAGCUGAUGAAGAAGCGAGAGAUCGCCCAGCAAGAGAUAGAACUUCGUAAAAAGAAAAUUGAAGACGACCUCAAAAUUCACAACAUUGAGAAUAAAUUCGCCACUCACUAUAAUGCAGUUGAGCAGCAAUUGAAGACCUCGACGAUAGGUCUGGUGACCCUGAAUGAGAUGAAAGCGAAGCAGGAGAACAUUGUCAAAGAACGAGAGCGAAAAUUAGCGCAGAAGGAGAAGGAGAAGGAGCAGGAGAAGGAGAGGGCACUUGCGGCUAAACAGGCUGAGAAAAAUAAACAGAAGAAGCAGAUUCAGGCACUGUCAUUUAAUCUUGAUGAGGACGAGGAGGAGAAUUCUGGGGGGAAUUCUGAAGACGAUGAUUCAGCACCAGCAGUCAAGAAAAUUAAGAAGAAUCCACACGUGGACACGAGUUUCCUGAGGGACAGGGAGAGAGAGGAGGAGGAGAACAGAUUGAGGGAGGAAUUGAGGCAGGAGUGGGCUAUGAAGCAGAAUGCCCUCAAGGAGGAGGAGAUUGAGAUCACCUUCAGCUACUGGGAUGGCUCUGGACACAGGAGGAGUGUCAUGAUGAAGAAAGGUAACUCGAUCUAUCAGCUUCUCCAACGAUGCCUGGAGGUUCUGAGACGAGAGUUCAGUGAACUCAAGACUGUCAUGGCUGAUCAGCUGAUGUACGUGAAGGAGGAUUUAAUUCUACCUCACCACUACACAUUCUACGACUUCAUCGUUACAAAAGCGAGGGGCAAGAGUGGUCCUCUAUUCACUUUUGACGUUCACGAUGACAUCAGGAUGGUGCAUGAUGCCUCGGUGGAGACCGAAGAGUCACAUGCGGGUAAAGUUUUACUGAGGUCAUGGUACGAGAGAAACAAACACAUCUUUCCAGCGAGCAGAUGGGAGCCCUUCGACCCAACAAAAAGCUACGACAAAUACACGAUCUCUGAUAAAAAGAAAAAAGACAAAAAUUUGUAAUCGUAAUUUUCGUUUCCUAAUAUUAAUUAGAAUUGUCUUUGUAAUCAGUGUUCAAUAUAUUUUGCAUCUCCUCGUU